AUGGAAGAUGAGAGCCAUGGAAAUGGCAGAAGUAACUAUCCGACGACGACUAGAGAGAGUUCAGAAGGUGGUGAUAUUAACGACAACAGUAGUACGUCGCUAAAGCGUAUCAAAAUCGAACACAACAUCAAUAGCGGCGGUUGUUCAAGUACUACACCCGUCACCAUUAAUAUUCCUACUACAACGACAACACCGACUCCUCAUCAUCAUAUAAGCAGCAGCAGCAACAACAAGGAGCAAGAUCGCUUCCUACCCAUUGCCAACGUGGGCAGGAUCAUGAAGAAGGUGAUACCGGGGAACGGGAAGAUCUCCAAAGACGCCAAGGAGACCGUCCAAGAAUGCGUGUCGGAGUUCAUCAGCUUUGUGACCGGAGAAGCCUCCGAUAAGUGUCAGAGGGAGAAGAGGAAAACGAUCAACGGCGACGACAUCAUAUGGGCCAUCACGACGCUAGGGUUCGAAGAUUACGUGGCGCCCCUCAAAUCGUACCUCAACAAGUACAGAGAGAUCGAGGGCGAGAAACUAAACCUGCCGAAACAACAGAGAGUCGACCCGAGAUUGCCGCAACAACAGCAGCAACAACUGCAACAUCAAGUACCGCAACUGCAUCACCAUCAUCAAGUACUUCACCAUCUUGAUGGUGAAGUAGUGCAGCAACAAAAUAUUCAUCAGUCGACGUACAAUAUUAAUAACAAUAACAAUGUAUAUUCUUCCAUGAGUCUUAUGUCGCAACCACCUUCUUUUACAGAUCAAACAUACUCCAUAACUUUCUCCCCUCCUACUUCAAUUCCCAAACAAUUACAGCAACAAGAUGAACUUGAUUCAGUCAGACAGUGGUUCAGCAACUACAUGGACAAAUGCUCUGGUGAACAGAGUUAUCUAACUGUUAACAAGGUUGGCAAGGUGGCUCUUCGAUCGUUAAAGUCACUGGAAAGCUUAGCAGAAGCUGACUGGAAAUCUAUCAAUCCACCAGAGAAAGUAAAGCACAGAGGCUACAGAUUCUGGUUAUCUAGUAGCAGUGGGAAAUGCCUUACAGUUCUGGGAGGACAUGGAGAGAAAGGAUUGUAG